AUGGCAUCAACAGAGAUGUCAACUCCCAAGAAGCUAUGGGAACAUCCGAACCCGAGAGGGACGGAGAUGUAUAGAUUGAUGGGGGAGAUUAAUGAGAAAUAUGGGUUGCGGUUGGAGACAUUCUGGGAUCUCUACCAAUACUCCAUCACCCAACGCUCUCAAUUCUGGGACCAAACCUUCCAAUACCUCCAAUUAAUCCACUCCGGCACAUACACCCGCGUCGUCGACGAAUCCGCAGCAAUUGAAACCAUUCCCCGAUGGUUCGAAGGCGUACAUCUAAACUUUGCCGAAAAUAUCCUUUACUCUCGCGCCGGCGCAUCGUCGAAACGAGGUACCAAAUAUAAAGAAGAUGCGAAGCUUGCGCUGACAGAGGUGCGGGAGGGUGCGACGGAGAUACGCGAUGUGAGUUGGGGGCAGCUGAGGAGAGAAGUGGGAGAAUUGGCGGCGGCGAUGAAGAUACAUGGGGUGAAGAAGGGAGAUAGAGUUGUGGUUGUUGCGAGCAAUUCCGUGGAUACGAUGAAAGUGUUUUUGGCUGUCACGACGUUGGGAGGGCUGUUCAGUAGUAGUUCGACGGAUAUGGGUGUGCAGGGGGUUUUGCAGAGGACGUUGCAGGUUACGCCGAAGUAUAUCUUCAUGGACGACUUUGCGAUAUACAACGGCAAAAAGGUAGAUCUGAGAGGGAAAAUGAAGGCAAUUGUAGAGGGAAUGAAAGAUGCGCCUGGCUUCACCGGAAUGAUAUCUAUGCCACGAUUUUCCGAACCAGCAGAUAUCAGUGGUGUUCCAAGAACACAAACAGUAGCUCACUUUGUAUCAAAAGCCAAAGGAUCACCCCCGCCUGAAUUCGAACAAGUUGCUUUCCACGACCCUUUCUUCAUCGCUUACUCUUCUGGUACAACUGGAACUCCGAAAUGUAUCGUCCAUUCUGUGGGAGGUUUUCUUCUUUCUUCCGCGAAAGAAACACGACUUCAUGGCGAACUUACGCCAGAUAGCGUGACGUUACAAUACACGACCACGGGAUGGAUUAUGUAUUUCGUGUCGGUGGUAAACCUGCUUGUUGGAGCUCGUUCGGUGUUGUAUGACGGAAGUCCAUUUCAACCUGAUCUGACGACCUUUGUGAAAUUGAUAGGGGAUCAGAAGGUUACGAAAUUAGGAACGAGUCCUAAAUGGAUGUUUGAGAUGCAAAAGAAUGGCAUUAGACCUAGGGAAAUUGCGGAUCUCAGUCAUUUGACGAAUGUCAGUUCUACGGGAAUGGUGCUUUCUGAUCAACAGUUUGAAUGGUUUUACAAUGAAGGGUUUUCAAAAGAUGUACAUUUGUGCAAUAUUUCCGGUGGAACAGAUUUGGCCGGUUGCUUCGGCCAAGAAAACCCUCUCACGCCCGUCUACGUCGGCGGCACCCAAGGACCAUCCCUGGGAACCCCAAUAUCCGUCUACGACUCCCUCAUCCCCUCCGGUCAAGGCUCUCCAAUUCCUCACGGCGAACCAGGCGAACUCGUCGCCCCAUCCGCCUUCCCCAACAUGCCCGUCUUUUUCUGGAACGACCCUGCCGUCUCCCCCUCCCCUGACUCCCGCUACUUCAACGCCUAUUUUGCGAAAUACACAUCCGUCUGGACGCACGGUGAUUUCGUGUACAUACAUCCAGUCACCAAACAGCUAUUUUUUCUUGGGCGCGCGGAUGGUGUAUUAAAUCCUUCUGGUGUGAGAUUUGGGAGUGCGGAGAUCUAUAGUAUUCUGGAAGGUGGCGAGUUUCCUGAGGUGCAGGAUAGUCUUUGUGUGGGGCAGAGGAGACCGGGGGAUGAGGAUGAGAGCGUGAUGUUGUUUUUGUUGAUGAAUAAGGGACAUGGGCUCAGUACUUCUUUGGUGCAGAGGGUGAGAGAUGCUAUUGGGAAGGGGUUGAGUAAACGUCAUGUUCCGAGGUGGAUUUUUGAGACGCCGGAGAUUCCUACUACGGUUAAUCUAAAGAAAGUCGAAUUACCUGUAAAGCAAAUCGUUUCGGGAAAGAUUAUUAAACCGAGUGGCACGCUGCUUAACCCGAAGUCACUAGAAUACUACUAUCGGUUCGCAAAGGUUGAGGAGCUAGAGAGUGGGCUUGUAAAGAGGGACAACGAUCAUGACCCCUCCUACGAACCAGAGAAUCUCAAAAAGUCGUCAACUACCCAUUUCAAACGGCCGCUUAAGAUACUCACAGCCAUCACAUCUCUCACCUCCCUCCUCACUUUCGCCCUCCUAAUCACGACUUACAUCUUCAUCGCCACAGGCCCCUUUACAUACACCUCCAGCUCUAGAGAUGCCACAAGAGAUCUGGCUAUCGUCCUCGCAACCCUCACCCUCCUGACCACACCCCGCCUCUUCCUCCCCCUUCCCCCACUCAUCCCCCUAACCACCGACCUCGUCCUCGCAAUCGUCACCCUGGUCUUCGCCCCCCGCCUCCUCGAUAACGGAUGGCCGGACACCAGUUUCUGCUAUAGAUAUAGACCGUACGAUCCGUCUCGUGGGUAUCAGGAGCCGUUGCCCGAGACGCGGGAGUGUGUGCUGGCGAGGGGGAGGGUGAGGGUUAUGGUUUGUGUGGGGGGGUUGGUGGGGGUUGCUAUCGGGCUGUUGGGCGUCAUGAUGGCGAUUUUGAGAAUAUGGGGAUUGAUCAAGAGCCGGUUCUGGGAGGGGAGGGUGUUGGGUGGGAAGGGUGGGAAGGGCUGGAAGGGGUUGGGGGAUGGGUUUGAGGUCAGUUUUACGUUGAGGGUUGUUGGUCCUGGUGAGCGGAGGGGGGAGGAGAGAAGUGUAGAGGGGGGAAGGGGGAGGAGGGGAGGUUGA